AUGUCUGUCCUCACCAAAGCCAAGCGUGAAGAUCUGAAAGAGACUUUUGAAGAGGAGUAUGAUCAUUACAAGGGCAAAAGAAGAUACACGGAUGAUUCUGCAGACGGUCACUUGUCCGACUCCUCAUCUGAUGAUCUUGAAUCUCCACCAGAGAAGGUAUUCGCACCGAAUGAAGAGAUGGAGCGAAGCAAACCGAUGACGAAUGCUGAGAAAAUGAUGGCAAAAAUGGGUUACAAGGAGGGAAAGGGCUUAGGAAAGCAGAAACAA